AUGACCACCAAUAUUCUCAUCUCUGCAUUUGCCCCCUUCUCGUCAUUGUCGUUGGCAGUUCCGUUGUCGACGUCUAUUUCUUCUGUUCUGCCCUUGCUUGAAGAAAAAUACCCUCUUCUUCCAGUGGACUCUCUUCGCCUCUCCACCCAUUCUGGGGCUGCUCUCGAAGACGACGCGCCUCUUUCAAUACUACUCAAUGACUCUACUUUCUUGACACUUCGUCUUACGCCUCGGCUUCUCGGUGGAAAGGGAGGUUUCGGGUCUCAGUUACGGGCGGCCGGCGGCCGUAUGAGUAGUCAGAAAACAAGCAACAACGAUUCCUGUCGGGAUUUGAGUGGGAGGCGACUAAGUACUAUAAAGGAGGCGAAGAAGUUGGCUGAGUAUCUUGGGGCAGAGCCUGAGCGCGCCGCUGCAAAGGCUGAAGCUCAGAAGGCAAAGCUGGAAGCUCUCGAGCGUAAAUUAGGCAUCGAGCCAAGGAAAGGAUCCAGCAGUGGAACAAGUACUCCAGGACAGUCCGAACCUACACCUCUCGCAGGCAAGAAGCAUCGUUUUGACGACACGGAGUACUUGGAGCAGAGCAAAGAGCUGGUAGAUGGUGUCAAGAAUGCGGUGUCAGCUGCCCUGCUGAAGAAGAAAAAGAAGGCCAAACUGACACACGAUAGCUCAGCAACUGACAAGUCUGUGAAGGCUUCCGCUACGGCUGCUGCCUCCAGUGUUGAGGCUGUAGGCGCCUAGUUUUCUCGGGGGGGACAUGUAUUUAGUUCUGUACCUUGUUAGCUAUUCAACUCGGAGACUGUUAUUUCCUAUUGGGUUGAUCUUUGUGAGUGGGCGCAAUCGUUUCUGGACUUAGGAUUCACUCGCUGGUAACUUGUCAGUAAUACUCAAUAAAUUAGGACUGGGUCG